GGUUUGGCUACUUCCAGUGGAUGGGAGUUCAACAUCAUCCUUGUGUACUCAGGAACGGAUUUGCAUCCAUUCUGCUGGGUGUAGUUUUAUUAUUUUCUCGCUAUGUAUUUAGCAGGUCAAUUAUUUUAACCAUGAUGAUUGUUACAACAUUACAGCUCCGCUCUUGCUGUCACAGGUUUCCUGCUGACAGUGUCUUAGUCCUGACAGAUUUCAAAGCUUAAACAUUAACAGAAUGUGCAAAUGUUUUACUGAGGACACCAAUUUCCAAUCCCUUCCUCUAACAUAGGCAAAAUCACAGGCGAAUCACAACCAUAUUGGGAAGUUAAAUAUUAAUUUCCCUUGGCAAUAAAUUCCCUUCUUAGUCUGCAUGGACCAUCCUAUAAAGGACUGCGUGGAUCCCUCCGAAGCAGAACCCUCUGGUUCACUCCCACCGAAAUGGCUCUUUUUUACAGAGGCACCUGGUUAUUUCUCCUCCUUACAUUGUCUUUAAUCCUGGCUGAAGGUGGAAAGAUCCUGGUGGUACCUCAGGAUGGAAGUCAUUGGCUCAGCAUGCGCCCAGUGGUGGAGAAACUGCAGCAGAAGGGACACGAAGUUGUUGUGGUUGUACCUGCUACCAGUCUGUAUAUGAAGUCAAAGGAGCCUCAGAAUUACACAGUGAAAGUGUAUCCAAUACCUUACACUGAUGAAUACUUGGGUGAAAUGCUCAAGACCUUUGUUAAUGCCCAUUUUAUUGAACAAUCUGUUUGGAAUGUUGUUCUUACCUCGUACAAAAGCACGAUAGAAAUCUCCUCAGUCUUCUUCACCAACUGCAAGAGCCUUCUGCAGAAUGAGGAGCUGAUGCAGUACUUGAAAGAGAGCAAAUUCGACGUGGUUUUCACAGAUCCCAUCCUGAUGUGUGGGCCCCUGGUGGCUGAGUAUCUUUCCGUUCCUUCCGUCUACUUCCUGCGGGGCUUUCCCUGUGGAAUGGAUUCUGCUGCUACCCAGUGUCCAAGCCCUCCUUCCUAUGUGCCCAGGUUAUUCUUGGAUAAUUCAGACAGCAUGAUGUUUUCCCAGCGGGUGAAGAACAUGCUGGUCAAUCUGCUGGAGCUCUUUUACUGUAAGCCUAUCUAUGAUAACUUUGAAGAACUUGCAUAUGAGCUUUUCAAAAAGAAAGUGACAGCGACAGAACUCCUGAGCCGUGGAUCCUUCUGGCUGAUGAGAUACGAUUUUGUGUUUGAGUUCCCCAGACCGGUGAUGCCAAACAUGGCUUUUAUCGGAGGGAUUAACUGUGUUCAGAAGAAAAGACUGUCUCAGCUGUCUCGUGGACUGUCUCUCCCUACUUCCAUAUAUCCCCUCUCCUGCCAUCCAGAGUUAAGGUUAUAGGACUGAAGAUGUUGCCUGUUUUCUGUCACAGCCGUCCACUGGAUUGAUUUCUUUCCACCUGCCUUUAUGGUCAAGGUGUCAAUAUCUAAGCCCCAAAAGAAAUCCUCUUCAGUUCCAUCCUCUCCUUCUUUUGUACAUCAUUGAAUUAGGCUUUAAUCUUUUCUGGGUAUGGCUAUCUGCUGGAAAUUUCUGCUGGGCUUUUCUGUGCCAAGCUUCCCAUGUUCAUUUGGCAGCCAUGUCUGAGGUUAUGGCCCGUCUUCUGUCGAUCUCCUUCACUGAGCAGUUUGACAAAUCCCAUUAACCUAAUAUCAAUAUGGGAUCAGCGUGGGUGAUGGAGCUGCUGCUCCUUUAGGAGAGCAGGUUCUCAGCAAAGCGCAAGAUUUCCCACCAAGUUUGGGAAGAAACUCGCAGAAACUGUGUGGGAAAAAAAGCUCCAGCAAGGAUUUAAACUGAAAAGCUCCAGAAUGCCCCAGAGAAGGAAAUGGUUUCCCAUAUUCACCUACUUAUAAACUUUUUUAAGACGUUAUCACCAGCAUUAAAUCCUCAGCCAUUUAUAACCAGGAAGGAUCUGGACACAGGGUUAAGGUCAUGAACUGACCCAACAUUGGUCAUGAACGGAGCCCUCCUUGGCCGUGAAUGAUUCAUGAUUUGUAGUGAGAGAGGUGUUGUUUGUCUUUGUUAUCUGGUGUACAAGGGUGAAAUGCUUUUUUGCAACUUAAUUUUAUACCUGAUAAGAUAAGGGGUUAAGUUAUCGUUAUAAGGAGAAAUGAUAAAAAAUAUGGUGCUGGCUGCUUAUCUUCCAAGAAAAUGUUAGUUUGUAUUUACAAAAAUUAAUUUUUCUCAGAGUUUUAAUUGGUCAAAUAAAUUCAAAACCCAAACCUAAUACUUUAAUAUCACUGAUUUCUCAAAUUAAUCUUUUUUCUAACUUAUGUUUCACUGUAUUAUUUGCAGCAGUUUCAUUAGG